UGUCUCUCCCUCCCCUCUCUCGUUCUCUUUUAAACUCAAACAAGUGCAAGUCCUGACAGGGAGCCUGAAGUCAGUUGGCUGUAUUCAACUGGAUCUCGUUCAGAGUCGGAAGUGGAGCUGAAGAAUCAGGUGUGCAUAAUAUACAGAGGGAGAGAGCACCUGCCAGAUGAAUUGGCUUUCGGAGCGUUGGGCAUAACAUAUGUAAUGACAAGGAAAGCACUUGACCAUGUGGCGGGGUUGUGACACCGUGUGUGACCCAACAAGAGCAGGCACAAGCCACCAGUGGACCGGACAGCUCCUCUGAGACGCACUGCUAUGCACUCUGAGGAGAAACAACUGUCUUAGGUUUUAACUUCAGUUGCGUUUUUCAUCUAACUGCAGUUGCGGGAUUUAUGCACAACAGGAUAACGUCUAUUUGGGACCAUGGUUGGCAAGCAGGGGAGGCAAUGGAGGUCGAUGUGCAAAGGCCUUGUCUUGGGUACCCUACUUACCAGCUGUAUGGUCCUGGUCUACUUCCUUUCCGCUCCACAGUCCCACUUCAACCUGCCUGAGGGUCCAGUGCCUUACUCCUGUUCCCAUCGACCUGCUCAAGCCCACACCAGACUUAUCAAAAACAGCUCCCACCAUGCACCGGGGCAGACAGGCAUCUGCACUCCCAAAGUGGACAUCAUGUUCAUGAAAACCCACAAGACAGCCAGCAGCACACUCCUCAACAUCCUCUUCCGAUUCGGAGAGAAGCACCGGCUCAAGUUUGCCUUCCCAAAUAGCCGUAACGACUUCUUCUACCCCUACCCAUUCCAGCGCUCCCAGGUCAAGGACUACAGGCCUGGCAUGUGCUUCAAUAUCAUCUGCAACCACAUGCGCUUCAACGCACCUGAGGUAGCCAAGGUGCUCCCUACAGACACCUCCUAUAUCACCAUCCUCAGAGACCCGGCUGAGCUCUUUGAAUCCUCCUUCCACUACUUUGGCCGCCUGGUGCCCGUGACCUGGAAAAUCCCAGGCGAGGACAAGGUGGGGGAGUUCCUGCGUGACCCCCGCCACUACUUUGACCCCAAUGGCUUCAACUCCUUCUACCUCAAGAAUCUGCUGUUCUUCGACUUUGGGCAGGACAACACUCUGGAGCUGGGCGACCCGCAGGUAGAGGAGGGCAUCCGGGCCAUCGCAGGCCGCUUCCAGCUGGUCAUGCUGGUGGAGCACUUUGACGAGUCCCUCAUGCUGCUCAAGGACGCCCUCUGCUGGGAGAUGGACGACCUGCUCUUCUUCAAGCUCAACGCCCGGAAGGGCUCCACCGUGUCUAAACUGACCCCGGAGCUGAGGGCCAAGGCCCUGGAGUGGAACGCCGUGGACUGGAGGCUUUACCAACACUUUAAUGUCACCUUCUGGAGGAAGGUGGAGGCAUAUGGACGCCAGCGAAUGGCCGACGAUGUGGCGGAGCUCCAGAGGAGGAACGCAGUGAUGGCGGACAUCUGUAUCGAGGGAGGCCAUGCUGUGGACGCAGGGAGGAUCCAGGAGACAGCCAUGCAGCCCUGGCAGCCCAUCGGGGAGAAGUCAAUCAUGGGCUACAACCUGAAAAAUAAUGUGGACAAGGCCCACCGCAAGCUGUGCCUUAAGAUGCUCACCCCAGAGCUGCAGUACCUGACAGAGCUGGGGGUCAACCUUUGGAUCACUAAACUGUGGGGUCAUGUGAGAGAUGUGAUCAACUGGUGACUAGAGAGUGACUAGAGAGACAUGAGCGAGAGGGGCCAAGAGAAAGCGGCUGUGCGUGCGUGCCUGCUUGUGUGAGAGCCCCUAUUGGAUUGCAUAGCCUCCAAGGCCUGAAUGCCUGCAGAAGAUCAUAAGGGGUUUGGUUUUGCAUAGCCUCCUCAAUCAUGGCAUGAUGAACUCUUCCUCUGUGUCAGCAGUAUUGACUUGUUUGCCUUAAAUACAGUACAUGUUUGCAGUGUGUAAUGUACCUGAUAGGUGUACAACCGCAACGUUUGCGUCAGACUCUGAAGAUAAGCAUAAGCAUCCCUCUUUAAAACGUAUGUGUUUAUAGGUAUAGUAUACUGAAUGCCCUUUAUACCCUCAGCCCUGCCAAUCUUAGAGUAUUUUUGAAAUAAAGACAAAAUUAAAAAGAUGACUGUUGAUUUGAUUUAUCAAGGUUGUUCGCAAAGUUAAUAGUUAAAAAAAUGAUGUCUUGAUGUGCAUUUUGCUUUACUUUUCAAAACGUAUAUCUAGAAAUGACAUCAUCUCUAGUUUACACCCACUUUAGAAGUCAUGUUUGUAACAACAUAAUUGUAAUAACACCAGGUCAUGUAAUAACUUUUAAUAUUGUACUACUUUACACCCACUUUAGAAGUCAUGCUUGUAACAACAGAUAAUUGAAAUAACACCAUGUCAUGUAAUAUCUUAAUAAUGUACUACCUGUUCUGGAUUAUGUUAUAAAUCGGCAGAUAACGUAAUUGUUGAACAGAUACAUAAUACCUUUUUCUUGAUAACGUAAUAAUAUAACAUUUUUCUGUGAUUAUUCUGUGAAUAAAAAAGUAGUAGACCAAUUAGUAAAACAUCUGUAUAAAAAAGAUCAGAAAUAGGCUGCCCAUGUGAUUCAGUUAAACCGGCAGCAUGCCGACCUUACCCUGUCUCUGUCUCCCAAACAGGAGUAUGUAGCUUGGUCAGGGUGGGAUAGCUCAGCACAUCGGCUCUUUUCUAUCCAUUGCUUCUGUCUUUGAUUGGUCGGCUUCGGGGAGGAGGAGGAGGAGCGUGGUUGGCAAGGGAAAUAGGUGUGGGCAAUAAGUAACUAAAAGACAUACAACAUUAUUGUAGAUAGAUGAGUAUAGAAUAAGACGAAAGGUAGAAAUAUAAGAUGUUUUUUACUUGUUCUUUAUUUUCUUCAUGUAUUUAAAGGUUUGGGCUACUACCCCUUUGGGUGUGAUUUGUCUUGCUUCUUGUUUUGUCA